UGUUCCAGUGCACUAGGAGGCGCUGUAGGUCUCCCCCGUAUGUAUGUUAUGUUGUCAAUGAAGAAGAGAGUUCAGAUUUUCUCAGUAAACAGAAAGUGAGUUGACACAGCAAUCGUCUCAGUGUGUGAUUAAUGUUAUAUAAAGACAAGAUAUAACAUAUUGGCGACGAGGAUUGGCGAACGCCUGAGCUGUCUGGCUGCUGCACUGUUAGAUUGGACAUACUGAACUUGUGGAAACAACACCUGACGUAAUGGCUGUGUUUAUCGGUCAUAUGGAUGCCUUCGAAGAGGCAGCUGAACAGUGGACUACCUACAUAGAAAGGUUUGAACACUUUGUGACUGCAAAUGAUAUUGCAGAUGAGAAACGCGUCGCGGUGUUGCUGAGUGUCAUAGGUUCAUCUACAUACGGACUGUUGCGGAGUUUAACCGCACCAGAUAAGCCGGGUGCAAAGUCAUAUGAUGACAUUGUGACUGUUUUAAAAAACCAUUUCUCACCGAAACCGAUCGUGAUUGCAGAGAGAUUUAGGUUUCAUAACCGCAGUCAGCACGAAACAGAGACAGUAGCACAGUAUGUCGCAGUUCUGAAAAAGCUGAGUGAACACUGUGAAUUUGGGACGCAUUUGCAAGACGCGCUGCGCGAUCGCUUUGUGUGUGGUCUGAAAACGGAGUCCAUACAGAAGCGGCUAUUGACGGAAGCAGCUCUCACUUUUCAAAAAGCAGUGGAGAUUGCAGUGUCUAUGGAAACGGCCACGAGGGAAUCUCAUCAGUUAAGUAACUCUUUAAAAGUGAAUGCUCUGUCCUUAAAAGAAAAAGGAGGAAAUAAGUGUUACCGUUGUGGAAAAACAAACCAUAACGAAAAAGACUGUUAUUUCAAAGAGCAACAGUGCCACAAUUGUGGUAAAAAAGGUCACAUUUCCAGAGUUUGUAGAAUUAAAGGGAAACACAUGACUGAAGAUAACAAGGCCAAGUUAAAGAGGAUGAAAAAGGUCCAGCAGAAAAAGAAAGUGCAUCAAAUGGAUGUAAAGGACUCCUCUAGUGACGACGCUACAGAUACUGAACUGGCGCUGCAUGUGAUGACUAAAAAGGAGGAAUUGUCACACAUUUGUCUUAAACCAAAGGUAGAAGGAGAAAUUAUGGAAAUGGAGCUAGACACUGGAGCGGCUGUCUCUCUAAUUUCAAGAGAACUUUACAAUGCACAAUUGGCUCAUAAACCACUGCACACAACUGAUGUGAUCUUGAAAACAUAUACAGGAGAAGUGGUGUCUCCAGUAGGGGUCAUUGAAGUGAAAGUAAAAAUGAACAAACAAAAAGCUACAUUACCACUUUAUGUUGUGGAAGGAAGUGCCCCACCUCUAUUUGGCAGAGAGUGGCUCAAGAAAAUCAGGUUGAACUGGCGUGAAAUUAAGAGUGUGAAAAAGGAUGCACUUGAGACAGUGCUAUCAAAACACAAAAAUGUUUUCAGGAAAGGAUUAGGCUUGUUAAAAGGUAUCGAAGCCACAGUGUCACUCAAGCCACAGUCUCAGCCACGAUUUUGCCAAACACGCAAUGUCCCCUAUGCUUUGAAGCCAAAGGUUGAGGCUGAGAUAAAUCGCCUCUUGGAGUUGGGGGUCAUCUCCCCUGUGACAUGCAGCGAUUGGGCCACACCGAUUGUGCCAGUUGUAAAAAGGAACGGGGAUGUGAGGAUUUGUGGAGAUUUUAAGGUAACAGUGAAUCCUGCCCUUUGUGUUGAGCGUUAUCCAAUCCCUCGCAUAGAGGAUCUAUUUGCAUCAUUAGCAGGGGGCAAGCGCUUCACUAAAUUAGACCUUUCAAAUGCAUACCUACAAGUUCCAGUGUCUGAAAGCUCACGUAAGUGCCUUACAAUCACCACAUCAAAAGGGCUGUUCUGUUAUAAUCGUUUACCUUUUGGAAUUGCUUCGGCACCUGCCAUUUUCCAAAGGGCAAUGGAUCAGAUUUUGCAAGGCCUCCCAAAUGUUCACUGUUAUCUAGAUGAUAUAUUAGUGACUGGGUCAGAUGAUGAGCAACAUCUCAAAAAUGUGGAUGCAGUCCUCAGUCGUUUGGAUGAAUUUGGGCUAUGUGUCCAGCGUGAGAAGUGUGAGUUCUUUAAAGAUUCGCUGGAGUACUUGGGGCAUAGCAUUGAUGCUCAGGGCCUACAUAAGUCACCUGAAAAGGUCAGGGCAAUCAUGGAUGCACCUGCACCAAAGAACGUCACACAACUUCGUUCAUUUCUGGGACUUUUAAACUAUUACAGUCGAUUUAUCCCUAAUCUGGCGUCAGUGCUAGCCCCUCUAAAUGCUCUACUGUGCAAAGGAAAACAGUGGCUGUGGUCUCAGGAGUGUGAAGAUGCAUUCGUCAAGGCGAAAAAAGAGUUACUGUCACAAAGUGUGUUGGUGCACUACGACCCACAGCUACCAAUUCGACUGGCCUGUGACGCUUCACCAUAUGGUGUGGGCGCGGUCAUCUCACACGUCCUUCCUGAUGGACAAGAAAAACCAAUUGCCUUUGCAUCAAGGACAUUAAGUAGGGCAGAGCAAAAUUAUGCCCAAAUUGAAAGAGAGGCACUUGGUAUUGUUUUUGGAGUACGAAAAUUCUACCAAUAUCUGUAUGGGCGGAAGUUUACAUUGUUUACAGAUCACCGUCCAUUGACAACCAUCUUCAGUCCAACAAAAGCCAUUCCAUCUAUGGCUGCAGCUCGUUUACAACGUUGGGCUUUGUUGUUGGCAGCCUAUGAUUAUGACAUCCAGUACAAAGAUGGUGCACACCACUGCAAUGCGGAUGGGUUAUCACGUUUACCCCUGCCAACUGCAUCUCAAGUUAAGUCGGACACAGUGGAGUUACUUCAAGUAAAACAGCUGGAGGCUCUACCUGUACUGUGUGCAGACAUUUGUAAAGAGACUAGGGCAGACCCAAUUCUGUCUCAGGUUAUGGAGAUGGUAACAACUGGGCAUUUUCAAAAUGUCAUGGAUGCAAAUAAGGAGCUUGCACCAUAUAUGCACAGGAAGGAUGAGUUAACUACUCAGCAAGGUUGCCUCAUGUGGGGUUGGAGGGUUGUCAUCCCUCCUAAGCUGAGAUCCAGGGUACUGACAGAAUUACAUACUGGACAUCCAGGGGUCGUAAGAAUGAAGGCGGUUGCACGUAGUUAUGUCUGGUGGCCUGGAAUUGACAUUCAAGUUGAACAGUUGGUAAAAACCUGUCAGACAUGCCUGCAGACACAAAAAGCACCUGGACCCUCACCCUUACACCCAUGGAAAUGGCCAGAAUCACCGUGGCAACGCAUACAUGUGGACUUUGCAGGUCCAUUUGAAGGACACAUGUAUCUUAUAGUGGUAGAUGCUCACUCUAAAUGGCCUGAGGUGUGUGUGAUGAAUUCAACUACAUCUAUUAAGACCAUCGAGGUUCUGAGGACACUGUUUAGUCGUUAUGGACUCCCAGAAGUACUGGUUAGUGAUAAUGGACCUCAGUUCACCUCUGAGGAGUUUCAGACAUUUCUCAAGGCCAAUGGAGUGACACACACACGUUCUGCACCUUUUCACCCAGCUACGAAUGGCUUGGCAGAACGCAUGGUUCAGACAGUAAAGCGGGCUUUACGAUGUUCAAAAGGAUCAACUUCCAUUCAACAAAGGUUGGACACCUUUCUACUGGCGUACCGAAACACCCCCCACGCCACUACAAAAGAAUCACCUGCUUUGUUGUUUUUGAAUCGGAGGUUGCGAUCUCGUUUUGAUCUACUGAAGCCAAAUCUUGCCUCUGUGGUCGAAAAAGCCCAAAGCAAAUCGUGCCAGCGUCGUCAAGUUCAUGCGAAAGAAAGAACAUUUGCUGUGGGUGACAGGGUAUGUGUUCGUGAUUAUCGGCGAGGAAAGAAGUGGAUGCCUGGUGUGAUAUCGGCAAAAACAGGACCAGUAUCAUACACUGUUGAUGUGGGACUUUCAGUUCACUGGAGGCGUCACGUUGAUCAGAUUCUGGCACGUCAGGAUGAUGGUGACCAUGGAAAUGAGAUUGGUCCAGAGACCAUUGAAGUCCCUGAGGGGAAUCUGUUGGAUCAGUGUGAAUAUCCUAUCUCAGGAGAAACAUCACAUCCUAGUUUUGACCAAAUUCCAACUGGAUUAGCACAAUCUGAAGAUUCAGCCAUUGGGGACAAUGAGGUGGUAUUACACACUCCACACAAAGAGACUAAGCGUUAUCCUGAACGUACCAUCAAACCUCCAGUACGGUUUAGCCCUUAAGGCUUACCUUGAUGGUAUAAACCAAUUCUAUUGUGUGCAUGUUAACAGUCAUGGUGCUGAGUUUAAUUUAAAAGAAUAAGCACAACACAGUUCAUUGAAUAUUUCUACAGUUAAGAUUCUAAUGUUUAAUCAAAGUUCAAUAUUUUGAUGUUACUAAAGUGUUUCAUUAUACAAGUGAAUCUUAGUGCAUUUAUACCCAUUUACAUGUGGACAUGUAAAAGGAAAUGAAAGAAAUCUAUCUUUGUCUAUGUCAAGUAUAUGUAACAUUAAUACUGGAAUGAUUACAACAACGCUAAGUGGGGAGGAAAAUGUGAUGUAUGUAUUUAAUGUUCCAGUGCACUAGGAGGCGCUGUAGGUCUCCCCCGUAUGUAUGUUAUGUUGUCAAUGAAGAAGAGAGUUCAGAUUUUCUCAGUAAACAGAAAGUGAGUUGACACAGCAAUCGUCUCAGUGUGUGAUUAAUGUUAUAUAAAGACAAGA